AUGGUGCAACAGGUACCAGGAGGAAACCUGCAACCCGGGAGCUACUACCAAGCGAGGGAUUGGCAACGCACAGAUAAUCGAGACCCUUAUCUAGAGGACCAUCGCCUGCAACAUGUUCCUCCCCCCGUGCAGCAGGGACAUCAACAUGCUGAGGCUACCACGAUUGAAGCAGCAUUGAAGCAAUGUGCCCGGAUACCUGUCCGGAAUUUUGCUCUCAUUGUGAUAAAAGAUAAUGGAGAAGAGGUCACCUACGCCGGAAAGUCCAUGACCCCGUACCUGGACCGGAUCUUCAGCAGAGAGACAAAGAGGGCGUUCCGUGGAGCUCUCCGUGAAUCCGAGGGGAGAUCGUACCAUCCUCGUCGGAAACCGUUGGCUAACGGGUGUGGCAUAGCGUAUCUUUCAAUGGGUUCCCUAUCCGAGUAUGACGAAGGUGGUCCCAACCGGAAGUACUCCAGCGGUGGAUCGUCAUCGGACCUUGGACGCCGUCCACAUCGCAAGUCCAGAUCCGAAGAAUCGGAUGACGGACCGAGGAUCUCCAAGAGACCUCGGCGAGGGAACCCGGGGCAAUUGCGUGAGCGGUCAGAUGAGGACGCGCCGCUCCCGGUCCCGGCUCAGGAGAGGCAGCACUUGGUCAUCGGCAACGGGGGUGACGUCUUGCAGUACUAUCACCGGAGGUUCAGGGAGAUGCAGCAGUCGGCAUGUAAGGUGAUGGGAAAGGCAUUUGUCCGCUUGAUUGAGCCCAAGAAGCAGACGCACCACCCCUACACCAAGGGUAACGACAAAGCACCGCCGUGGUGGCCGAGCACGAGCGGUCAAGAAGGCGUCCGACACCGAGAGCCCGACCACCUUUUGAAGCAUGAGCGGACUCACCUGUUGGUCCACAUCCUCAGGAUGGUCAUUGAGCCUAAGAAAACCCAGCACGCGACGCUACAGAAGUCCGGGGGGUUGGAUGUCAAGACUCUGGAGUUGGCGACCAUGGAGGCCAUGUCCAACUGGUUCGCGGACAAGGACCACCCGGACAACGAGGCCAAGAGGCCUCUGCUCAAGGAGAUCUUCAAGGUUGCCAAACAAGAGGAGAGGUUUCGCAUGGGCGAGAUUGAUGCCAGCACUACGAUCCCGGUAUGUUGCGACGGGAAACUACGUGACGAUGACGACUCUGAUGACAACGCCCACUUCAAACCGGAAGACGAUGAUGAGGACGACUUCCAAUCCGGUUCCAUCAUGACACCGCCUGAUAGUCUUGUGUCGCCCGCCAUGGGCCAGAACCCCCAUUUCCAGCAGCACGUGAACAUGGACUCCGAGUACAGAGCGCAGCAAGUCGUCCGCUCCAAUCUCCAGCUGCGGCCGUCCUAUCCAGCCUACGAGAUGCCAGGCAUGAGCUACGAGGAUCCCGUCCACUCGAUGAAUUACCACCAGCCCGGCCCCAACCAGAUAGACCCCUCUCGCCGACUCGGCUUCUCCCCGGUGUUUCCCCAACAGCAUCAUCCCCUCCAACAUUGGGGCAGCAACAAUAUGGUCAGCUCCAGCCAACAAUCCCCUUCGUACACCACUUCUCCCCAGGCCAUGGUCUCCGCGUUUUCCGGACCCGUCCUUCCCGCUCCGCAGCCGCAGGCAUCCAACAGUCCCCCAAACCAGUUCGAUUCUUUCCAGACCAAGUAUGAUAUCAGGCCAGCACCCGGGUCUCAGUUCAGGACGGGCAGUAUUGGACAUCCGCACCACCCUCUGCAGGCGCCGCAAGCAGCCCCGGGAGGGUACCAUGAAUAUCUAGCUCAGGAACAAGGGUAUUCCGGUCCACAGGAGUUGAAGGAGGAGCCGCAUCAGGGCAUGGGACAAGGUGGGAUCUAUCACUCGCAAGCGUAG